UGUUGUGAUUCACCUAAAGAGCAGGUUUGUGGUUUUAAGUUUUUAAAACAAUGCAAACUGUUACAUCAGUUAAAGCACUUUUACAGGCUAUGUAAAACAAAUGUAAAAUAUCAUUCUUAAAUAUAACGUUGUAAUGCUUCAUUUAGUGUUAGUUAAAUAAACCGUUUAGCCUUUAGUAACAAAGAAGGUGCGUCUCAGUUCGCUAAGAAGUGAUCAGAGAAACUGAGAAUCCGAAUCAUCUGAAUCAAAUCAUUUGUGAAAUGAUUCAGUGAUUCGAAGCGCUCGAAUCAGCGCGCGCUGACGACAAACGAGAACAAACACAAACGUGUGAAAUGAUAACCGCAAAUGUUUUCAUGAAAGUGUAAUAUGUGCACUGACUACUGAACUAUUUAACUAUAGGGAGCUGAUUAACACGCAUCCAGAAAUUUUUUUUUGGAUUGAUUUUGUCUUUUAGCAGGAAACUAUUCUUAUCUUAAACAGGACGAAGUGUCAAAACACACAGAAAAACUCUUGUUGAAUCAACUGAGAUCCAUUUGACACACUAUUAUAAAGAUGGUGUUUAUUAAAGAGGAGAGUGAAGACAUGAAGAUUGAAGAAACUUUCAGAGUCAAACAUGAAGAUACUGAGGAACAAACAGACCUGAUGGCGCUGAAAGAAGAGACUCAAGAACUCAAUGAAAUGGAAGAAAAAGAGCAGUAUGAGAAACACUGUGAUGUAACCAUUGGUGAAAAAUCCACACAGACUGAAAAGACUUCAUCAUGUGAAAAACCUCAGAAAACCAAAUCUAACAGAUCUUUCACCUGCCAUCAGUGUGGAAAGUGUUUUCUUCAAAAACACAAACAUCUCCACAUGAGAGUUCACACUGGAGAAAAACCUUUCACAUGCCAACAAUGUGCAAAGAGUUUCAGUCAAAAAGGACACCUUGAACAACACAUGAGAAUCCACACUGGAGAAAAGCCUUUUACAUGCAAACAGUGUGGAAGGAGUUUUACACAGAAAAGCCACCUCAAUGGCCACAUGAAAAUUCACACUGGAGAGAGAUCUUUCACCUGCCAACAGUGUGGAAAUAGUUACCCUCAAAAACAAAACCUUAAAAUUCACAUGAGGGUUCACACUGGAGAGAAGCCCUAUAUUUGCACACAGUGUGGGAAGAGUUUUAUACACUAUAGUGGCCUUAAGUACCACAUAAGAACACACACUGGAGAAAAACUGUUUAUUUGUGAUCAGUGUGGAAAGAGUUUUAGAUGUCAAGAAAACCUUAAUAAUCACAUGAAGAUUCACUCAAAAGAAAAGAGUUUUAAAUGUCAUCAGUGUGAAAGGAGAUUCACAAACACAAAUCACCUUAAGAAUCAUGUAAUAACUCACAUCGGGGAAAAGCCUUUCAUGUGCCAUCAGUGUGGAAAGAGUUUCACAAGAGAAGGAACCCUCAAGGUUCACAUGAGAAUUCACACUGGAGAGAAACCUUUCACCUGCAGACAUUGUGGAAAGUGUUUCACAGUUAAAGUAAACCUUAAAACUCACAUAAGAGUUCACACUGGAGAGAAACCUUACAAGUGUCUUCAGUGUGAGAAGAGUUUCACAUGUCAAAGCAGCAUGAAACAUCAUUUGCAAACACAUUGUGGGAAGAAAUCACCAUUUACCUCAGAGUGACGUUUAGAAAAAGGAGUAAUUUCUAUAAUCAUCUGUGCAUUCAUUCUGGAAGACAAUUUAAAUUGUGGACAGAGUAAUAAA